AGAAGAGUACAGCUCCUGAGAUGUUGCUAGCACUCAUGGAUGAAGCGUAUACUGGAUCAACCAUAGGAGAUGGAGGGGUCGACUCUGAAUCUGAGGAUAGCACCACUAUGGCAGUAGCUGAUCCGUUCUUUCUUGAGCUUCUCAAGGAUGAGAACGAUGGUCUAGCUGAACGCCACUGGGCUUCUCCUGCAGUGGCUGCGGCUCUACAAGCAGCAGUUAGCUCGCCUAUGUCUGAUAGACUGAAACAAGCACUGAGAAUGACGCCUCGGCUGCUUGAUAUGUAUAUUGCUACAGCGAUCCAUGAAGUCAGUGAUUCUCUAAUAUGUGCUCUGGUUCCCCUACUUAUGGCAAGAUAUUCCAAUUUAUUUCCAGACAAGCUAUUCUUGUACGAGGUUCAAAAGAGGAUCUUAGAGCUCAUGCUUGCAGCCUUUAAUCGAUCUCCUAGUUUCAUUGCACUUCUGAAGAAGCCUAUAGUGGACAGACUUGGAGAAGCUUAUGAUAGUCCGACAAAGACUGAAUUGGCAUUACAAUUAUGCUGGGUAAUUGGGGAGCAUGGAGGUGGUGGUGAAGCCCACAAAGAUGCCGCUCGCGAACUCUUUGAGAGCUUGGAAUUACUUUUGUAUGAAAACCUUUCUUCAAGCCGUCUGGGUCUGCGUGAAUCAGCUCUUGGGUCUGAUACUGCAAAAUUCAGAAAAUCAUCACAAUCAAGAUUAUUGUGUUUCGUUGUGACAGCCAUUGCCAAGCUUGCCACAUAUCACCGUGAGCUUUUGCCCAGGGCCCGUGUAUCCUUGGCAAAGGUUGCACGUUCUCGGAUCUCAGAUGCAAGAGUCUGGAGGCGUGCACGUGAUUAUUUGGGUCUGAUGAAUGAACCUGCUAUAUGUUUGUCUAUCUUGGGACCAUGUGAAUCUCCAAGUAAAGGGAUGCAGAAACCUGGCACUGUGAAUUGGAGUGAAGGGGGAACUAAAAUGAUUUCCCAUGUUCCGUUUUACAUUUUAGGUGAACAAGAAGGUCCUCCCCAUGAUUACUCAUUUACUGAUAUUCUUCCUGGAAGAUAGUGUAUCGUCUGGAAUUGCUCGUCAUUCACUACACAAUCUGGGUGAGUAAUGCUAACAGAAGAUAAAGAACAAAGUGUUAGAGCAAAUAUGUAAAGAAAUCCAUUUGUUCCAGUUUUCUACAUCAGGCAAUGUGCCCCGACCCUUCCCUGGACUCUGUGCAUAGCGGGAGCUUAGUUCACCGGGCUAACAUUUUUUGAUAAGAGGGGUGGUUUUGCUUUAUGCUGGCGCAUUAGAUCAAAUGUACAUUAAUCUAUUCUCUUGUGUAUGAUUUGGUUUUCUGCCUUUUUUA